GGCCGUUCGGAGCCAAACAACCGGAGCUACAUACUACAGUGCAGAGUCGGGCGAGAAAAAGCAUCUAAGGCCAAGAAAAAAGCAACAUUCUGCUGCCCGGAGUAGUAGGAGGUCGCUGUGUUUGACUUCCAGUGAUUGAAAAUCGGUGCGAGUUAGUUUUUCCGGUGCGAUUUUUUUUUGCAAAAUAUCCCGUUCAAAAGUGCAAGUGGGAUCAAUCGAAGAAGCAAUUUAUGAGUGAAAAGUGCAAACCUAAGCAAAGGUGAAUGGUGUCCAGCAUUGCUGCAAUUGACGAAACGCCGCAGGAGUCCCGAGAGCAGAGCAAACAUUUAUCAAAACUAAUAAGCACAUUAUAAAAAUGCCCAGAAGUGACCGAUCUGCAUCCGAAGAUAUAUAAUCACCAAAAGCAGUGUUCCAGAUCGACGAGUUAAUAUGUCCAAUGAUCAAUUAAAUUGAAAGAACACGGAAAAGCAAUUGCCAGUUAAAUUUAUGUGGAAGCACCGUAAAAGUAUUAUGAGCUUCCAUAUUACACCCAGCAUCAGAAGAUAUAAAAGUAGAGAAAAGUAAUUGAGCAUAGUGGAAGCCCGAGUGUAGUGUCCGGUUGAUCUUCCUGCAUGUUUUACCCAUCAAUAUAAUAGCAAAAGUGUUGGUGAUUAUGCAAUAGCUAUUAAGUAUUAAGCAGCAUUGGAAAGCGUUUUCCACGGAAGUGAGUGUGUUCAAGCAAUAGAUUCACGAAAAGGAAGCACCAGAAGAAGAAGAAGAGUUAGUAGAGUCGUUAAAGCUUAUAUUUUAUCCGUCGACAAAAAGUAAUCAAAAUUUUAAAACAAGUGAGCUCAUCCGAAGAAAAGUGAUAACAAAAUGCCACUCGGUCGUAAGUCACCACUGGAGGCAUUGACCAUGCCAGGGGCCAUCAUCGCUUACAAGUACAGUCAGUAUCGGCAGCGCCGUCGGGAAGCAGCAAACCGUCGGGUGACCGAACGAGAACUCACAGCAUUGCAUAACAAAAUUGAAAAAUUGCUUAGCAAAUUGGAGGAAAGCGAACUGGAACCACCCACAUCGCAGGAGGACGAAUGCGUCAUCUGUAUCAAUGCUCGGGCCACCAUGCAGACCUCUCCCUGUGGGCAUCGGGUCGUCUGCCGGCGGUGCUUUGUCAAAACGAUCCAGAGCGCAGUGGCCCAGCGGUUGCUGCCGUUGCGAUGCGUCAUCUGUCGAGCCCGCAUCAACCGCCUCACAUCGGGUUCCACAUCGUGGCGGCUGCAAGGUUCCGCCAGCAGUUACUCUAUGGGUAGCAAAAGUUGGAGCGUUCCCGGCUCGGCCAGUUCGUACAGUGUCGACGCCGCCCGAGUGACCCAGUCAGCCAGCCUAUACUCCAUGAGCUCCGGCUCGUCCUGCAUGUCCGGUAUCUCGAACAUUUCCAGCUGCUCGGGCACGUCUGGCACUUCCGGUAUGUCUUCCUCAUCUUCGAACAGCGGCACCGGAGGAGAUAGUGCAUCGUCGUCGUCACAACACCAUCAGCACCAUCACAACAAGCACUGUAGCAAUGGUACAUGUUCCAACGGUUGUCUGGGAGCGAUCCCACGAAAUCCUGCCUACCAACAUCAUCACAAGAAAGGACAAUACUACUCUAAGAAUCGCAUUCCGGAGAUGCCAAAUCGUUUACCGCCAAUUAUCGAAUUUAAAAGUCCGGUCCGACAUCGGACUCCGUCACCGGCAAAUCCUGGCGCCAGAUUCAAAUACUACACUCAACCGGGAAAGCCAUCGGACUCGGUAGUCGAAUCGAUACCUCUGCUGAGCAUCGAAAAGACCGCCAAAUCCGGUCCGACCAAGCUGGGACUGAACGGAAAGAUCGCUCCAACGGCUUCCAAAUCUCCAAUCAACAAAACCAACAUGGCGACCGGGAAACCAGUAACAACCUCACUGAUAACGGCCGUCGGAUCGACACCCAAAGCGCGAGUGGUUUCGGCAGGCUCGGCAGCGGCCACAGCUUCCACCAGUAGUCAUUCCAACAACGGCAGCAGUAGUAAAAGCAGCAAUAAUAACAAUAACAACUCCACUGGCAUGCACAGCACCAAACAAGAUGAAAAAUAUGACAAUAAGAAAAACGAGACGAUCGAAAAGAAGAAAAAGGAGGAUAAGCUGAAGCUUAAAACGGAUAAGGAUGCUCGGAAGGAAGAGAAGCGACUAGCCAAAGAGGAAGAGAAACUCGCCAAGAUGCUGGCCAAAGAGGAGAAGAAACGCGGAAAGAAGGAAGCAAAAGAGGCACUCCUGGCAAACGAAGGCGGUUGCCGGAAAUAGGACAGCCAUCGGUGGAGGAACUUUUUCGCGCGAAGCUAAAACUGUGAAAAGGAUUCAUCCAGAAUUCUCAACAGUGUACAUAGUCAGUUGAACAAACCACGCUUAUCGAGUUAGAGUAGAUCAUAGGUUAACAAUACGGAGAAAAGCCAGAAAUCGCAGAAAUCUAAUAUGUCACUCAGAGCGUUUAGGUUGUGCAUUCAUCCAAAUGAUGGCAGAAACCAUCAGCUUUCUGUACCGAUGUAAAAUUCCACCGCAUUCAAUUUUUAAUCCAUUAUCAACAUCACGAAAUGGAAAGUUGAUGGUUCUGCGGAGAUCACCACAGCAUCCUAAUUAUGAAGAACAUAUCAAUCAUACCAGCUUACCAUUAAGUGUUUGCGUACUUCCACUUAAAGUGGUUCCACAACUAUAUAUAUUUAGUGAGCACUUCUUCGAAAGAAACCUAUAAACUUUAAUCAAUGUGGCCAAUUAUCUGAACCCGAAGAAAGGAAAAACGCAAUUAAGCCGAGCACUAAAGUCAACUUAUAUACCCCUCCCUUACUAGAAAUUAAAACCCAACAACUUCCACACACGUUUUAGAUCGAUUUUAUUUUGUAGUGUCCUAUUGAAGGGAAAGAUUACCUAUUUUUUCUUCCACCUUUAGACCUUGUUAUUGUUGUUGAAAAUUUUUAACCCAUGUUUGAUCAACCAAAAAUCCAUCACCCCUACCCACCUAGAACCACCUUAUCAUCGAAAAAGAAAUCAAUUGAAUUCGGAAAUUUUAUCGAUUUAAGUAAGACGAAUAGGCAUAACAUUA